CAUUAUCUAACAGUUUUCACCAAUAUCAAUCAAAAUUAGCAGAAAUUUUGAUUCUAGUUUAGAUUAAUAACCUCCUUCUAGAUUAAUAGUCUAAUCAACGGGUUUUAAAGGGGAUUUAGAUACUUUAAAUUUUGAUUUCUCUUGUCAAAUAAAAUUUCGGAAGAUUAAGCAAACUAUGGCAGAAAAACCAACUGAAGAAUCUACUAAAAAUACCCUGGAUGGAGGAUUAGAAGCAUUAAGCAAGUUGUUAAACGAAAAAGCGAAAAUAGCAAAUGAAGAAGAAGAGACACUUCCAGAGCAAGUACUACCCGAAUUAACUUUUGCUGGAGUAGCUGAAUAUAUAAAAUCAAACAAAUGCAAGAAAGUUAUAACCAUGGCCGGAGCCGGAAUUUCAACAUCUGCAGGAAUUCCUGAUUUCAGAACUCCGGGAUCCGGUCUAUACGAUAAUUUACAAAAAUACAACUUACCAACUCCAACUGCAAUGUUUUCGAUUGAUUUUUUCAAGGAAAAUCCGAAUCCUUUCUAUGAUCUUGCUCGUGAACUUUGGCCUGGAAAAUUUCAACCAACUCCUUGCCAUAAAUUUAUUAAAAUACUAUGGGAUAAAGGACUACUUCUUCGUCAUUAUACUCAGAAUAUUGACAUGCUUGAGAGAGAGGCUGGAUUAACUGAUGAAAUGCUUGUUGAAGCUCAUGGUACUUUUAGUAAGGCGCAUUGUCUUAAUUGUAAAGCUGAGUACAGCCAGGAUUGGGUAAAAGAAAAAGUGUUUAAAGAAGAGAUACCCCGUUGCGAAAAAACUGAAGAUUGCUCCGGGCUAAUUAAACCAGAUAUCGUAUUUUUCGGAGAGGCCUUGCCAUCUUUAUUUCACGAAAGACUAAAAUCAGAUUUCCCGCAGUGUGAUCUUCUGAUUGUUAUCGGAACUUCUUUAGUUGUCCAACCAUUUGCUUCUUUGAUAAAUAAAGUUCCGGAAACAACCCCUAGAUUAUAUAUCAAUAUGGAACCUCCACCAUCUAAUGGACAGGAUUCUUGGGAGGCUCUUUUUUUCGGAGGUGGAUGUAAUUUUAGAUUUGGGCAAGCGAAUAAUUACAGGGAUGUCUUUUGGAAAGGUAAAGCUGAUGACGGAUGCAUAGAAUUGGCCCAACGCCUAGGAUGGGAGAAAGAGUUAGGUGUACCAACUAAGGUGUUUAAGAAAGACACACCUAUUAAAAAACAAUCCGACAAAAAGACUAAGCCUUCACCAAAGAAAGCAACAGAUGCUAAAAGUAAGAAAUUACCUAAAAAAUCUUAA